UGAAGUGCAGUUAAUAAAAGAUAAAACAUUUUAUUCAUGUAAAUGUUGUCAGAAGGGCUGACUGAUUACUCUGAUCAGCAUCACAGAAAUGCAAAUGUUCCUCUUAAGCCCCUUCCUCGUGUAGUUCGUUUGAAUAAUGCAUGUUUGGUUAUAGAUAGGCGAUGGAAUGUAUUUUCACUUGUUAGUCAAGCCAGCCUGAUGAAUAUCUACUAUAAAAUGGAUCAAAUUCUCUUCCUUUUUUCCUUCUAAAAUGAGGUGAAACAUUUUAGGGGACUUGGCCGUGAAAAACCUCAUUCGUGACACACUUUCAAAGAGGUGCGAGUGAUGUUGGAGGAGAGAGAUGAGGCUCUCCAACACUAUUGGCCCUGCUGUAGUGUUUAACUGUAUGUGCACGACUGUGUGUGUAGAGCAUGAGUCACCCUGCUCUUCUGUGAUUGGACGGUAGUUUAAAGCGGAGGGAGGGGGAAGAGAGCCUCGGGGGCUGUCUGUCAAUCUCUCUCUGCUGCUCCAUUCACACAUUCAUGUCACAGAGCGACAGGGUUGUGGGGGGGGAGUGAGCCGGAGCCUCUCAUUCAUAAAAAAAAGUUCAUUCAUAAAACUGCACUGUUCUGCUAUGCUUCAGAGAAGACAACAGCUGCUGUGGAGGUGAAGCUGUGGAAGUGAGUGGGAAAGUCUGUGGAUGGGACGGUGCCGGGCACAACCGGAGCGGAACAAACGGGAUCUUUGGUCACGCAGGACAACGGCAGUCCUGUUUGGGUGAGUUUGAAUGCUGAGUUGAAGUGAGGACAAUUUAUCCAAAAAUGUUACUCCGAUCUUUCAUGCUGAAAAACCUCAUGUUCUUGUACAUGACUCACUUCUUUGGUGUGUCAUCGCUGUUGCUGUCAGACUGAAUUUGAUUUAUUUUUUUUUAUUAUUUGAUGUCAGUGUUGAAGCCCCCUGAUUAUGAAAGAGCAAACCAGGUUAGGAUCCCAACCAGGACUCUUUCCAGGUAUGCUGAAGCGUACUAAAUACAGCCGUCUGCGAAACGAUUCACUGACGUCUUUGGAGGAUCACCCCCAAAGAAUGGUGCCCCUAAAGAGGGACCUGUGCUUAGACUCGGACUUUGCUGGAACUUCCUCUCAUUGUGGACCGUCCACUUUGGGGGACUACAUUCCCCAUGUGGACAACACCCAGCAUCAAAGUCCCACUUGUCAGCAAAAGUCAAGACUUCAGCCGAACACAGCUGGGGACAAACCAGCACGUGGACACUCAGACAAACCGCUGGAUGGGAACUUCUCCAACUGCCUCAUUCAUCCUGCUCUGCUGUGCACCAAGCGACCCAUCACUCUGCACCGGAUGGCCAGCCUCCCCUGCCCGUCCUGCUCUCAACACAGAGACCAUCUGUGCUGUUUGAAGCCCUCCUCGGCCACCGACGACUGGACAGGCGACAGAGCGGUUCACCAUCACGUUAAGUACAUGGGCAGUGUGGAGGUGACCCAAUCCAUGAGAACCCUCGACUUUGACACAAGAAUGCAAGUCACACGGGAGGCAAUCAGCAGGCUUUGUGAGAAAACUUCAGUGAAGACAGCAGUGAAAACUAAAAGGGCUGCUAGUAAGGGACCGUCUGCUGUUCUGGGUGAAAUUAACAUGCAGUUUUCCGGUAGCAGAGUCAUCCUCACCGUCUCUACCAACAGUGUGACGCUGAUGGCCGCCUCAACGUUACAGAGAAUUGCUCACCACCCAAUGCAGGCCAUCUCAUUUGCCUCUGGAGGAGACCCCGAUAUGACAGACUAUGUUGCUUACGUUGCAAAGGACCUCUUCAAUAAGAGAGCCUGUCACAUUUUGGAGUGUCCCCAUGGUCGAGCCAGUGAAGUUCUCAACAGUAUUGGUCAGGCCUUUGAGACCCGCUUCCGACAGCUUCUUAGCCAAACAUCAACACUUCUCUCCACGAGGUCAGCUCUGAGAAUCUGUCCCAAGCGGUCCCCAGAGGAGACGACAUGUCUGAAAGGGGAAAGCGAUGUUAGUGUGCAACCAGAUUAUUACAACGUCAACCCAGCAAAGGACCUACCGCUUUAUGGAAACGAGGCACACAAGCAGAAUGCUGAUAAGCAGGAGGUCAGCCUGUCUCCUCCUGUUUCACUGUAUGAGAACUGCUCUGUGUCAGAGGACACUCCAGCGCCACCUGCAGGAGCCUCACCACAGCCUGCGGUCAGUGAUGAGCAGUGGACUCCUCUGUCUGAUGGCAGAGACCGGAGCUUGUUGGUCCAGAAAGAAGGCUGGUUUCAUGGCAGGUUAGGCAGAGAACAGGCUGAGUCUCUUCUCACCUGCAGUGGGGAUUUCCUGGUCAGAGAGAGCAGCUCUGCCUCUGGCCAGUACGUGCUCAGUGGCAUGGAGGGAGCCACCGUCCGACAUCUUCUGCUGGUAGACCCACAUGGUCAGGUGCGGACGCGUGACCUGGUGUUUCAGAGCGUCGGCCACCUGGUGCGGUUCCACAUGGAGAAGCAGCUGCCCAUCAUUUCUGGAAGCAGCGAGCUGUGUCUAAAGCAGCCGAUUCUCCAAACACACUAAAGGAAGAAGCAAGUUCUGACCUGAGCACAUGAGGUUCAUAGUAAAGACUGAGAAAACAAACUCCUGGAUGCUUUAAAACGUCUUCUCAACACAGGCUGGCACAUAUUUAUAUAUAUUCAUUUCAGUGACAUCAUCAUGUGGGGACAGACUGAGGUCAUUAUAACACUUUUUACUUUAUCUUUGGAACAGCCACUGGUCCGCAUAGCAUCCUUGUUGGUGGAAUGAACUUUGGGUGGUCCCUAAAAGUUAAGGAAAAAUUUUUAGUUCCAUUAGAAAUAGGACUAGAAUGUUCUGUUUGAAUUUGCUGUUAUUUUAUUUUCCAAAGCUAGCUAUCUGAAAUAUAUUCCAGUUAUUGUUUGGUUUGAACACUAAGUAAAGAAUGUAAAAAAAUGUAUUUGAAGUUUUUUGAUCUAAUUAAUUUUUAAAUUAAAUUUGUUCUGAAUUACAUUAGAAGUUUUUGUACCAUGUAACAUCUUUUACACACUUAAGACUAAUUAAAGGGUGCAAAUACCCCAGAUUACUUUAUUUUGGUGAAUAACAAAACAAGUUUCACUUUAGUCUAAAAAUUUUAAAAUGGUGAAAAACCAAAUAUUUUAGAUUCCAAUUCAGAAUUUUGUAAAGCGUAAUUCUAUAACAAAUAUACUGAGCCCAUAAAUGGAUGUUGAAGUAAAAAAAAAAA